AUGUCGUUCACACAUCCCCGAAGAACUACAAAGACUACUAACGAAGUUGAAGGUGCUUUUAACCUUUCAUCCCUCCAACGUUCCUUAUCCAACCUGGAAAGCUUCGCCGUCGAAUCACACAAGCGUCGUGCUGCCGAUGCUAUAGAAUCAUUUGAACUUACUGCUACCGGCAAUCAGUCCUCUUCUACAUCAAGCCGACGCUUCCGUGACGAGUCUGAACCUGUUCCUCGAGGCGUCGUCAACGUCGAGAACCCCUCCAACAAAUCAUACAACACCCCACUGAUGGAAGGAAUCAUGCCAUCAGAGGACUCUUCUGUUAGACGUUCGACCCGUUCUCGCCGUACUACACCUAGAUAUGCAGACAGUGGUCUCGGGUCAUCAAUCGGGUCGUCAUCAUCGGACAAAAAAGUAUUCACCGACGACAAUGCCUCCAAGUCUACCAAGCCAUCAACGAUAACUAGAUCAGCCGCUGGCCCGUCUACAAUCAUCAAGACUUUUCCUAGACUGAGUGCUCGUACAACCGCUCGCAUUCAACAACAUAUCCUGAAGCCACUCCUGGCAAAGAAGUCUUUCAGACACUUGCAUCCUCUAGUCGAAGAUUGUCCAAGACGAAUUCAUCAAAAGGAAAUCGUAUCUCUGCGUGAUUUAGAGAAGACCUUAAUUUUUACCGCACCUGUAAGUGAAAUCUAUAAUGAUGUUGCUUGGGGAGUUGCUCACUGGUUCUCGCAAUUGAAGAAGUACACAAAGAGCGCCUCCUUGUACCUCGACUUUUGCCUUGAAUCGAUCCGCUGUAUCCAAGCUACUGUCGAACUUGUUAACGAGCGCGAACAAACACGACCAAACGAUCGCCCAUAUACUAACGGAUACUUCGUCGAUUUGGUCGAACAGAUCAAACAAUACGCUGAACAGGUCCGGGAAGCUAAGGAGAGGGAGGAGAAAGGAGAGACUUUGGACGAGAUGGACGCUCACCCGUCGGAUGAAGUCAAGCUUCACGGUGGGCUGACCAGAAAUGGUCGCCCUGCCGAACUCGUCCGCAUCAACAAGAAAACUGGUAAAGCCGUUUCCAUCGCCACCGGUAAACCCGUCGACAUGGACGAUGAUGACAAUAAGUCUAUGAGAUUUAAACGAUCCUUGAGUGAAGAAGCUGAAGAUGAAGAGUCAGUGAUGAGAUCGAUGGCUCGUCGUAAGAAGGAUGCCUCUGCUGCCGAGCUUGCUCCUAAAUUUUGCCCACAUGGAGAAGGCACACGGAUGGGAGUACGUCCAGAUCCAAGAGUAACGGAAAAGAACCGACCCGCUGCACCAGCUGUUGUUCCAAAUGGCCUGCCAUCCCCUCAAGCUACUAUCAUACACACUCCAGGCAGCGACUCAAAUAUCGAAUCCCCACUUAUUGCUGAUGAUGAGAUGAUCUAUGAGAAUACUUCAUUGUACACCACAAACCACAGCAUAGACUUCUUUCCCGCAUUCCCUGCCGAGAUGAACAUGUUCCAACCUCCACAAUCAUUGAACAUUGAAUACUCUCCUGUGACGGAUAACUCCUUCUCUACUGAUGGCCACUCACCAUUUGAUGCAAAUUCUCCUUUCAACUCCACAUCUGUUCUCGGUGCCCAGGAUCAGUUCCAAGAGAACAUACAAGCCUAUCAAUCAAACGAUGAAUGGGCGGCUUAUGAGCAGACUGAUCUCUAUAGCGCUCCAGCUCAGCUCCAAAUUCCACCCAACCACCAAAUUUAUCAAGAGAUCAUGGGUCAAAAUACUAUGGCUUUUGAGACAUCUGGUGACACAUACCAAACAGAGCAUCAGCAAAAUCAGCACCUCCAACCACAACCUAUGGCACAUAUCUCACCUAUCGGUGAAGGUAACACAAUGCUAUACACCCCAAAAUCUAUGCAAGAUUUUGAUGAAGGCUUUCAGGACUUUAUUCCAAACAACACUCGCAUGACCACCAAUGGUGUCCAGGAUUUUCAACUCUUUUCUGCACCUCAGCAAAGACACAACAGCAAUCCUGCUCCACUCUUUGGUGAGAUCACUUCUCAAGCCUCCCUUGGAUUCCCUGGCAUCCAUCCCCAAGAUCUGAUUGCUUUCUACGCUCAAACUGCAGUUAAUUCCGCUGCUGGUACUAGCAAUCAUCAACUUCAAAAUCACUAUCAACCUCAUCACCAUCGUCAACAACAGCAACAAUUGCAUUCAAACAUGAACAUGACAAUGGAUUGGUCUUCUGAUGAGUAUGAUUAUGGCAGCCAUUGA